CUUCGACCCAUUCGACAGGGCGUUCUCAGCCUCGGCCCGGCCCUCCGUCGAGCCUGGCCCAGGUUUGGCCCGAGCCUCAACCUCGGAGUGCCCAAUCUUCUCUGCAUGGUACCUGCGGUGGCUGUUCCACGCGCGGUGGGCGCUGGCAGUGCAGCAGCGCGCACGGCGUGUUGCGGCGUUCAAAACCAGGAGCAGCGGCAGCAUGAGCACCUCGUAUGCCUCUACGGUCGUGAGCAAGGGAGCAUGGCGUGGUGAGCAUGAGAAACACAAGGAGGAGCAGAGGCAUGGGGGGGAAGACAGGAAGUGGAGACACGCUGAAGGAGACGAGUUGGACUGGCGUACAGGGGAUGGUGCAGGGCAGGAGGCAGGGAGGAGCAGAUGUAAGGGAGCGGAGCAGGCUGGAUCAGAUGGGUUGCUGGAACAGGGGGGACUGUUGGAGGGAGAUGAGUGCAGUUCUGGAAGAGGAGGUGUUGCUGCUGCUGCUGCUGCUGCUGCCACUGGGGGUGGUGGUGUUGCGGCAGCAGCUGAGGGCGGUUCAGGAGGAGUGGAGCAAGGGGCAACCUUCGCAGGAGAAAAGCAUCAUGGUCUUCAUCGUGCCUCCCUUCUUUCGCGAUAUGGCGACGGUGACGGUGCUGCUACCAGCAUCACUGUGACUCGUAUUUCUGAGGCAAACAAACUAGGAGGAGGGCAGAAAGGCGGAGGGGGCAGAGAGGGCGGAGGGGGCAGAGAGGGCGGCGGGGGUAGAGUGGGCGGAGAGGGCAGAGACGGCAGAGCGGGCGGAGAGGGCGGAGAGGGCGGAGAGGGCAAUAUGGGGGAGGAUGACGGCUCUCCGUCUAUCGCGGCGGAAUUCGAGGGCUACGCGCGAGUUCUAGACGAGAUAAACGAGCGGAGGGAGAGACUGGUGAAGGCGAGCAGGGACGUGACUAUACAGAGCAAGAAGGUCAUCUUUGCCAUCCACAGAGCCACCACCCCUCACGCCCUGGCGGCAGCAGCGCAGCAGCUGGCGUCACUACGCGCCCACCACAUCGCCCACGUGGCGCGGGAAUUGAAUGCAGAGGACUACUGGCGGUUCACACGCGCGUACACGUGGGGGUUGCAAGAGUAUGUCGAGGCAGCAUCUUUCCUGCAUUUCCGCCAAACAGGCCGUCUGCUGUCGCUCACACAGGUGAACGGCGCGUUUGAGGGAAUACUGGACCGGGACGGACGGACCUUCCACGUGCAUGCUGCUGACUAUGUGCUGGGGCUAGCAGAUUUGACUGGUGAAGUAAUGAGGCUAGCCGUGUCCAGCCGUGCUGCUGCUGCUGCUGAUGGUAGUGGUGCCAGUGCUGGUGGCGCUGCUGCUGGUACCGCGGGUGGUGGUGAUGGUGGUGAGGGCUCCACUGGAAAAGGGACCAGCAGGCGAGGGAAGAGGCAACGAGAACAACCCGAGGCUCAAGCAAAGGCUUCAAGUUCCGAGCCUGCGGCUUCCGCCGAACCUACUGCUGCGGCCGGACCUGCUGCUACUGCCGAGCCUGCGGCAGAGGCCGGGGAGGGAGGAGGAGCAGUGGUGGUGGAUGCGGAUGCAUGUCGGCUGUUUGUGCAGAGGCUGUAUGCGGGGUUCAGCCUGCUGCCCAGGAGCAGCGAGGUGGGGAAGGAGAUGGGGAAGAAGAUGGAUGUGAUGCUUGCAAGCCUUAAUAAGAUUGAGAACGUGUCAUACACUCGUUUUGUGCGAGGGUCUGAGUAUCCAGAAGAUCUGCUUCAGCUGGGACUGGAGGGGAAGGAGGGAGGAGCAGAAGGGGAGUGA